AUGGAUCCCCGCAUCUUAUCGCCUAACACGCCGAUUCUCCGACUCUCCGAUCUCGCCGUUGUUAGCCGACUUCACUCUUUUGUCUCCACUCACGGGCGAAACUCCGCCAGAACAGCCAUGUCGCGUCUGGCUGCUUGUGAGGCCUGCAGGAAGGCCAAACUAGCAUGCGAUCAUCAGCUGCCCGUCUGUACGCGUUGCAGUGCUAGCAAGGGGAUUUGUAUCUACAGGACUACGCCAUUUAAGCGGAAAAGAGUCGAGAAGCAAAGCCUUGGUUCACCAGAUGAAUCGCCGUCAUUUAAUCCAAGACGUAAUCCAUACCCAAACCCUGGGUAUCUAGGAUCGUCUAGCCAUGCAGCUAUAUUCAAGCACAUCACUCCGGAUGGAGACCAUGGUCCCGGUAGUCAUCAAGCAGUCCCGGAGGAUCUGCACUCGGACUUAUUUGGGGACAAUCAUCUGGUUCUACAAGGCGCAGAUAUCCUCAAACACCUCUUGACAACAUACAAGUUGUCCGCCAUGAAAGAUCUCGUCAUGUUCUGGCUAGCCAAAGGAGCUAACCUGGCCUUAGCAGAGCCCUUUGUUGAACAAUGUGCUCAGAGUGUGAGCCAAUUGUUCACUUAUCAUGACGACAACUGGCAUCUAGUCUAUGCAAGACGUCUCUUGCAGAAUUCGGCCCAGCCACUGCACUUCAAUGAUACCUCUGACCUGGCUGGUUUCUCGGCUCAAUUUCUAGAUCACAAUUCUCGUUGGGAGACAUUAGGGAUAUUUUUUGCCGCUGUCAGUCGAGCAACAAUUGACAUCGCAUUCUUUCCGUCUCUAUAUACCACCGAGCAAGAGCAGUACACACUUCGAAGACUAUGCACUAAACUUUGUGACUACGCAUUGGAGAUAUCCCUAUCUCUAGAUUGCCUAAAUGAUCUACAGCUGAUCAUGCAAUACGAGAACUUUAUCGUCCAUUCCUACGUGGAUGGAGAUCAGAGCUAUCAUUCCUGGCGCAAACUAGGCGACGCCAUAUCUUCCACAUUUGCCCUAGGCUAUCACGAAAACAUCGAAAUAAAAGCCGGAAUCCCGCCAUAUCUGAAAGAACUGCGCAAAACAGCCUUCGCGCGCAUCUACUCUGCAGACAAGAACAUAGCAAUAUUUCUCGGCCGCCCACCACGAAUGAACAAACGCUUCUGCCACUUCCAGAUCCCUUCCUGCCCGAACGCAGAAGAAGGCUCAGCAGACUGGACUCCAGAUGCGGAACCAGGGUACCGGGCUGAUACGCGGUGGUCUGCGUUGUGCGCAUCGCUGAAGGAGGAGAUAUGGGAGCUUCUUCAGGACAAGCAUGAUCCGUCAUGUGCACAACGAGCAAGCGUGAUACAAUGCCAAGCAGAGACGCAGUGGCAACACCUACCAGCCCACUUCCGACUCGAGAACAGUCUGAAGAAAUGUACGCAAGGGCCCUUCGAGCGAGACUUUGUCGCUGGUGUACGGCUGCACCACUUACAUGUACUAUUCCUGCUCCGUCUUUUACUCCUUAAAUCACCGACCGAGCCCGAUCUGCCGAUCAUCAAGACCGCGGGUCAGAUGCUCACGCUCGUUGUGGAGAUUAUUUUGCUGCGGGAUCAGCUCACUAAUUCCGGGACGGGUCUGAUUUGGAAGUCGACUAAUCUGGAUGCUAAUCAGGUUGCGUAUUACGGCCUCCCCGCUGCGGGGAUAAUGCUUUUGGCUAUGUUGAAACAGCACAUGCCACGAGCGCACCGGACACGGUCGUUACAAGAUCUCAGUGUGUUUGUAGCGGAGGUGCAGAUCGGGACGAUUGUUAAACCAGGGGAUCCGAAUUACGCGUUGCUUUCUAAGGCUACGCAGACUAUACAGCGCUUUCUAGACUCGACUCAUUCCGACCCGGCACAGUCUCUGCCUGAACUAGCUGGGGUUGAGGGGAAUGAUGACUGGGCGGCGCUGUUGAGUCAGGAUUUGUGGGAUUUCGAGGCUGGGUUUUGGCAGAGUUUGGCCGAUCAUCCGUCCUUGUUGGCGAUUGAGCCCUCUUUGCCUCCUGUUGUUCCGGCGCCGGGGAAGCGCGAAGGGUACGAUGAAGGAUUCAGGUUAUUUCCAGACGAUGAUACGGCACUCAAAACGGAGCCUACAUUUGUGCAUUUUCUACAAAGAUUCGAGGACUUGCUCGAGGGCUGCGUGAAGGAUGGCAAACAUCUGCUGGAGAUUUACCAGCGUCUGUUGCAACAAGCCAGAGAGGCGCUAGACUUACCGACAAAAUCCGACCCUCGUCACCAUAACUUUGUCUUAACGAGGAGAUGGAUGAUGGUUAAUCCUCGACGGGCUAAAGAAUUCCACGGUAUCAAGGCAAAUGCGGCCGGAAUGAUGGGAUCAAUUUAUAUCUGGAAUCAUCACCGACUGGAUGCAUGGAAGGAAAUUGGUCUAAUGAAGGUCCUGGCAGGAUGA